GUUCUCCUUCUUCUUCUUCUUCUUCGCUUCAUACCUACUGGCCCACUGUAGAGAGAGAAAGAGAGAAAGAGAGAAAGAGAGAGCGUACGACUAUCACAUGUAUUGAAAGAUAGACUUUGAAAAAAGUAUAUUGAAUGAAAACAAACAUAUGAUGGAGGAAGAACGAGACUGGAGAAUAGAGAAAACAAAGAAACGCAGAUGUGGAAACCGCGGAUUCAUUCUUUCGCGGCUCUCAUUAUCUCUUCAUUGAUCAUCUCUUAUCCAAAACUGCAUUUGCUUUUAUUCAUUUCCAUCGUAACAAUAACUGCUAGACUAAUUCAUUGCCGUUGAAAUCUGAGUUCAAAUCUGCUUAUUUGAGAUCUAUUUUUGAGGCAAUAAUAUGACUGCUAACUUAAGGAAAGCUCUUUUGACUCUCGUUAUCGCUACUCUUCUGAUUCACGUAACGCGAGGACUGAAUUCUGAAGGCUUAUACCUAUGGCAAUUUAAAGAAAGCAUCCACGAUCUUUCAGGAAGUUUAAGAAGCUGGAAUUCAACCGAUCAGACUCCAUGCGGAUGGAAGGGGAUAACCUGCCAAUCAAAUUACAUCGACAUGACCGUCGUUUCCAUUGAUUUGAGUUCGAUGAAUCUUACAGGUGAACUGAAUCCUAGUUUCUGCAGUUUAGCUAGCUUGACUUACAUAAAUCUUUCAUACAAUGGAUUUACUGGUAAUAUCCCUAACCUAAUUGGAAACUGCUCGAGUUUGACUACUCUUGCGCUUAACAACAAUCAGUUUGAGGGACAGAUUCCUAUGGAGUUUGGAAAUCUCUUAAGCCUGAAGAUGCUGAAUCUCUGCAAUAACAAGAUUUCCGGUCCUAUUCCGGAGAGCAUCGGUAAUCUUACUUCUCUGGUUCAGUUUGUAGCGUUUACUAAUAACAUUGUUGGUCCAUUGCCUCGUUCCAUUGGGAAACUUCAGAGUCUGAGGAUAUUUAGAGCCGGACAGAACAUGAUUUCCGAUAGCUUGCCGCCGGAAAUAGGUGGAUGCCGGAGAUUGGAAUAUCUCGGUCUUGCUCAAAAUCAGUUGAGUGGAAGCUUGCCCAAAGAGAUGGGUUUGCUAAAGAAUUUAACCGAGCUGAUUCUUUGGGAUAAUCAGUUAUCAGGCUCUAUUCCUAAGGAGCUUGGAAAUUGUACAAAUCUUCAGACACUUGCAUUGAACCAGAACAAUCUCGCCGGUGAAAUCCCUUCUGAGAUUGGAAAUAUAAUGUGUCUGAAGAAUCUGUAUCUUUACAGGAACAUGCUGAACGGAACUAUUCCAAAGCAGAUUGGAAAUCUCUCGAUGGCUAAGGAAAUCGAUUUCUCUGAAAACAACUUGGUCGGAGAAAUCCCGUCGGAGUUUAGUCAGAUUAAGGGUCUUUCCCUUCUCUACCUUUUCCAGAAUCAUCUCACCGGCGUUAUCCCUAACGAGCUCUGCAGCUUGAAGAAUCUGACGAAACUUGAUCUCUCCAUUAAUGAUCUCACUGGCCCUAUUCCUGUUGGAUUCCAGUAUCUAAGUCAAAUGAUUCAGCUUCAACUCUUUGAUAAUUCUCUGACCGGCAGCAUUCCUCAAGGGCUUGGAAUUUAUAGCCGUCUAUGGGCGGUUGAUUUUUCCGACAAUCAAUUGACUGGAAGAAUACCUCCGUAUAUCUGUCACCAUUCCAAUUUGUUCCUACUGAAUCUCGAGGAUAAUAAUCUAUACGGGAUGAUUCCUGAAGGUUUAGUAAGCUGUAAAUCGAUGGUUCAAUUUCGUCUAGCUGGAAACAGACUAACCGGGGAGUUUCCUUCUGAGUUAUGCAGCUUAGCAAACCUCUCCGCCAUUGCUUUGGGCCGUAACAAGUUUAGCGGCCAAAUACCCUUAUCGAUCGGAAAUUGCAGAAAGCUGCAAAGGCUUGAUCUUGCGGCCAACAAUUUUACGUCGGAGUUGCCGUCGACAAUUGGAAAUCUUACCCGACUAGUGACAUUCAAUAUUUCUUUGAAUUCCUUCAAUGGAAAAGUACCCAGAGGAAUUCUAACCUGCACAAUGCUUCAACGGAUCGAUCUUAGCUAUAACAAUUUCAACGGCGUCUUGCCGAAGGAGAUCGGAACGCUUUCCCAGCUCGAGCUUCUAUUUCUGUCUGAAAACAGCUUCUACGGUGCUAUUCCAGCAGAGCUAGGUAACUUGUCUCACUUGACAGAGUUACAGAUGGGUGGUAACAGUUUCACCGGACCAAUCCCGUCGGAGCUGGGAUCACUCUCCAGUCUGCAGAUUGCAAUGAAUCUCAGCCACAACAAUCUAUCUGGAAACAUACCAUCCAAACUCGGGAAUCUCAUGUUGUUGGAAUUUCUCUUCUUGAAUGACAAUCAUUUGAGUGGCGAAAUACCAACAACAUUUGGUAACCUUUCGAGUUUAAUAGGUUGCAAUUUCUCCUUCAACGAACUCUCGGGACCUUUACCCUCAAUUCCAUUGUUUCAUAACAUGCCUGUCAGCAGCUUCAUCGGAAAUAAAGGCCUAUGCGGCGGACCUCUUGGCAAUUGCGCAGUAAAUUCUCCGGUUAAUUGGCCUCCACCCUCCACGAAAGGAAUGACCGCCCCAACAGGUAAAAUCAUCAGCAUUGUGGCCGGGGCAAUAGGUGGAGUUGCGCUUAUUCUAAUCGCAGUCAUUUUGUAUUUCAUGAGGAAUCAAACGAGUCGUCUUGUUACGGUUCCUACCGAGCAAGACAAAGAAACGGUUUCUAUUUCGUCUCUUUCAGAUAUCUAUUUCCCUCUGAAAGAAGGGUUCACCUUCCAUGAUCUGGUUCAGGCGACAAACAAUUUUAACGACAGUUAUGUUAUCGGUAGGGGAGCUGUUGGGACAGUCUACAAAGCGGUUAUGGGAUCCGGGCUGACAAUUGCGGUGAAGAAGCUCGCGUCGAACAGGGAAGGGAGUAAUGCUAAUGGAAUGGAGAACAGUUUUCGCGCAGAGAUAUUGACUUUGGGGAGUAUUAGGCAUCGGAAUAUCGUAAAGCUAUAUGGUUUUUGCUAUAACCACGGAUCGAAUCUAUUACUUUAUGAGUAUAUGGAUAGAGGUAGCUUGGGUGAAUUGCUUCACGGGAAUUCUUAUAAUCUUGAUUGGCCAACACGGUUUAGGAUCGCUCUUGGUGCAGCCGAGGGCCUGGCCUACCUUCAUCACGACUGCAAACCGAAGAUAAUUCAUCGUGACAUAAAGUCCAAUAACAUUCUACUCGACGACAACUUUGAAGCUCAUGUCGGUGAUUUCGGCCUGGCUAAGAUUGUGGAUAUGCCUCACUCAAAGUCAAUGUCUGCUGUUGCCGGUUCUUACGGCUACAUUGCCCCCGAAUAUGCAUACACUAUGAAGGUUACUGAAAAGUGCGAUACUUAUAGCUACGGGGUGGUUCUGUUGGAGUUAUUAACGGGACGAGCUCCUGUACUUUCUGUAGAGGAAGGGGGCGAUUUGGUAUCGUGGGUGAGGAAUUAUAUACGAGAAAAUUCAUUGACAAGAGAAGUUUUAGACAAUCGGAUUGAGGAAAUGGACGAGAGAACGCUGAAACACAUGAUCACGGUCUUGAAAAUAGCUUUGAUGUGCACAAGCAUGUCUCCUUCGGACCGACCAUCGAUGAGGGACGUGGUUUUAAUGCUUUUCGAGUCUAGCGAGACAGACCAAGAUAACAACUCUUGACCCAAAGUGGUGAAAUUCAUUAUUCAUGUAACAUUGAUCUAGAUCUUGUAUAUUAAAAUGUUUAUAAGCAAAUAUAAAAAAAGGUUAUCUUAUUUAAA